AUGACCUACUUACACCUAAGCUUCUACGCAACAUUCACUUUAAGCGGCCUAGGCCUAGCCUUCCACCGAACACACUUAAUCUCCGCCCUACUAUGCCUAGAGAGUAUAAUACUAUCAAUAUACAUCGCCCUAGCCAUAUGACCAAUCCAAAUACAAGCAUCAUCCUUUACCAUCCUCCCUAUUAUCAUACUAACAUUCUCCGCUUGCGAAGCAGGGGCAGGGCUGGCACUACUAGUAGCCUCUACCCGAACUCAUGGCUCCGACCACCUUCACAACUUCAACCUCCUACAAUGCUAA